UUAUCCGUCGUACGUGAUGCAUUGAUGCACAAACAACCCUGGUCGCAAUUGUUCGAGGCAGCUUUCUUUUUCCACUACCGUCACUACGUUGUGGUUAUCGUGACAGGGAGUGUGAAACACUCGUUUGUUGAACUGUGCGGUCUAGUGGAGUCCAGACUGCGUGUACUGGUCAGCAAUUUCGAGAUGAAUCGGUACGUGAAAAUCGCUCAUGUGAAUUGUCGUGCCUACGGUAAAGGGUCGAGCGAUGGCGAUGCGGAACUCGUUCGCAAGUGGUUUAUUGGUAUGGAAUUCGAUCGGAAUCCGAACUCGCUGACGAAUUUGACUUCAGUGAAUCACAACCAGAACGCAGGGACAGAAAAACCAACUUUGAAUGUGGAUCUGAGUGAGAAUAUCAGCUCGUUUGAGAAAUCCAUCGAACGUGGUCUGACCAACGACGAUCCGACCAAUUCGGUGACCGUGAAAUAUGUGAAAAAGUCACAACUUUCCCAGUUCGUAUCGCCUGAAGAUAUGGAUGAAAUUAAGCGUCAGGCCGCUGCUGCGGCCAUUUCCGCCGCAUCAUCAGCGUCGACAGCCACCACGCAUGAGUCAAAUAAGACAGGCGCAUGCCGCACUCCGCUCAACGCUACCUCCGUAGAUCAGAAUCCACAUACUGCGAAUUCUCCGCGGUCCGUAGACCAUACUCCAAACUCCAUAGACGGAUCAGCGUCUCCGGCCACUCUGUCGCGGAGUGGAAGUUGUGCGUCCAUGGUUGAGGUUAAUUUAGUUGUUCCUUCACCAUCCACUCCAAAUGCUGUAGCGUCUAACGCCUCUCCGGAUUUGCACAAAGAAAGUCAGGACUUGUCUCUUAGUACCUCAAUUCCAGUCUCAAACGGCACAAAAGUCCCGAUUGAAGUAAGCCUGAUCAUUCGUAUUUCCUUGAGCAAAUCACUCGGAAAUCAUGUUUCCAAAAUUGGUUUCGAUCUACAGUUAGCCACCAAAAUCGACCCUCAAGCAGAUUUGGUUCCGUAUUAA